GACGUCACGGGAAGGCGCCGCCCAAGAUGGCGGCGGGGCCGAGCCGUGGGCGCUGAGGCGGCGCCGGGACCGGGAAGGGGAACCGGGACCGGGACCGGGACCGGGAUCGGGACUGGGAGGCGGGGCUGGAGCGGGAACCGGGCGCGCCAUGGCCGCCGCCGCCGCCGCGCGUUGAGGCCCCGCCGCUCAGCCGGGCCGGGAUGCCCCGGGGGGGGCCCGGGCCGCCGCCGGACCAAUGGAGGAGGAGGGCAAGAAGGGCAAGAAGCCUGGAAUCGUGUCCCCGUUCAAGCGAGUGUUCCUGAAGGGGGAGAAGGGCCGGGACAAGAAGGCUCAGGAGAAGGUGACGGAGCGGCGGCCGCUGCACACGGUGCUGGUGGCGCUCCCCGACCGCGUGGAGCCCGACCUGCUGCUCCACGACUACAUCGAGAAGGAAGUCAAGUAUUUAGGGCAGCUCACUUCCAUCCCGGGAUACCUGAACCCCUCCAGCCGCUCCGAGAUCCUGCACCUGAUCGACAACGCCAAGAGAGCCCACCAGCUCCCGGGGCAGCUGAGCCCGGAGCACGACGCCGUCAUCAGCCUCUCUGCCUACAACAUCAAGCUGGUGUGGAGGGACGGGGAGGACCUGAUCCUCAGGGUGCCCAUCCACGACAUCGCCUCCGUGUCCUACAUCCGCGACAACUCCGCACACCUGGUGGUGCUCAAGACAGCUCAGGAUCCCGGGAUCUCGCCCAGCCAGAGCCUGUGUGCCGAGGGCUCCAAGGCGCUGACGUCGGGCUCGCUGUCGGAGAGCGCGGGGGGGCCCCUGGAGUGCUGCUGCCUGGUGGUCCUGGCCACGGAGAGCAAGGUGGGUGCCGAGGAGCUGUGCUCCCUGCUCAGCCAGGUCUUCCAGAUCGUCUACACCGAGUCCACCAUCGACUUCCUGGACCGCGCCAUCUUCGACGGAGCCUCGACGCCCACGCGGCACCUGUCCCUGCACAGCGAUGACUCUUCCACCAAAGUGGACGUGAAGGAGCCCUUCGAGGCAGAUGCCAGCACUUUUUCCUUUGCAGACACGCUGGAAGCGGGGGACACGUCCCCGUCCUCCUUCUCAGCACUCCCGUCCCCACACGUCACCACGGCCAGCGAGAGCGAGCUCAGCACCACGGCCACCGAGCUGCUCCAGGACUACAUGAUGACGCUCCGCACCAAGCUGUCCUCGCAGGAGAUCCAGCAGUUCGCCAUGCUGCUGCACGAGUACCGCAACGGGGCCUCCAUCCACGAGUUCUGCAUCAACCUCAAGCAGCUCUACGGGGACAGCAGGAAAUUCCUGCUCCUGGGCCUGCGUCCCUUCAUCCCCGAGAAGGACAGCCAGCACUUCGAGAACUUCCUGGAGACCAUCGGGGUGAAGGACGGCCGCGGCAUCAUCACCGACAGCUUCGGCCGCUACCGCCGCUCGCUGGGCGCCGCCUCCGCCUCCAACGGCACCGGCGCCGCCGGCAGCUCCGACGAGCAGUCCGUGCCCUCCGAGGAGGACGAGUGGGACAGGAUGAUCUCCCACAUCAGCAGCGACAUCGAGGCCCUGGGCUGCAGCCUGGACCGGGACUCGUCCUGAGGGAGCAGCUCUGGAGGGACCCCGGGACACGGAGCUGCCCUCGGGGGGAUGUGGAACUGCCCCAGGGGAGCUCUGGAGCUGCCCAAGAACAUGAACCUGUGCUCCCAUGGAGAUCCUGGGACAUGCAGCUGGCCCUGGAGGGACCCCGGGACACAGAACUGCCCCAGGGGAGCUCUGGAGCUGCCCAAGAACACCAACCUGUGCCCCCAUGGAGAUCCUGGGACACGGAGCUGUCCUUGUGGGGACGUGGAUCUGCCCCAGGGAAGCUCUGGAGCUGCCCAAGAACAUGAACCUGUGCUCCCAUGGAGACCCUGGGACAUGGAGCUGCCCCUGGAGGGACCCCAGACCCCUCCUGUGGGACCCGGGGGCUCCAGCAGGGUGUCUGCACUGCCCCAGCCUCAUGAGCAGCUCCAGGGGCUCCCGCUGGGGCUUGGGGGACAGGCCUGCAUUUGGAUUUUGGGGGCAGAUCUCCUCCCAGAAGGACAGACGUGCUCCUGAGGGAUGUCCUGAGUGCUGGGAUCUGCUCCCCCACAGUUUACAGUUUGCACAGCGGGUCCCCCAGAACUGCCCCUGCCCCCCCCAAAAUGAAGUUGUACCACAAUGUGAA